CCACGAUGUCCUGGCCGUGCCACAUGAGACAUCAUGGAUUUGCCAUUUCACUUUUUGCCACGUAGGACCGACGAUGGAUUUCUUCAACAAGGCAAAGGAGGCCUUAUCGGGUGGCAGUGACUCGAGCAAGAAGGACGACAAGAAGGACAGCGACUCGAUCUUCACCAAGGCCAUGGGUGCCGUUGAGAAGUACCAGGUGAAGGAGAAGGCGGUCGAGUAUGCCCAGAAGCAGGUGGCCAAGAGAGAGGAGGAGAAACACCAGCCUGGAUACGUGGAGAAGAAGGACAAGUCCAUAAUCGACAAAGCGAAGGAGGCGGCCGAGGAUUUCCUCGCGAAACAAGGCGAAAAGCCGAAAGAAAACCCGGUUAGCAAGCCCGCUGAGUCGAGAUCCCGAUCGAGCUCUAGUAGCUCCAGUUCCAGUUCGGACAGCGAGAAGGAGCGACUGAAAGGAUCGCAAAACCCACCAGUUGUUGUGCAGCAAGGCAUUCCACCCAGUACCGAAGCGAACAUUAAUGGGUCGUUCGGUAGAAUGAACCUCGAGAGCGAGAACCCCAGUAGCUCAAGCAAGUACGAGACUUAUCAGGAGUAUUGGAGUCGACGCGGCGCUGUCGAUAGCUCUGAAACGCGACCGAGUUACACCCAAUCGCCGCCACUUAACACGCCUGGAGUUGAAAACAGUAGUUCGUAUUACCAGAUCGAGAGAGAAGCGCUGAGCUAUGACGACAGGAACUACCAAGGUGGAAACUAUGCCAGUGGACAGUAUCAAAAUCCUGCAGAGUACUAUCCGUCUGGUGGCGAAAGAAACUUUGACGAUAGAAGCUACCCCCGUGGCUCGGAUUCGCAGCGUUAUCAGGGUUCUGAAGAGUAUGGCCGGUCUGGAGGAGAGAGAAAUUACCCAAGCUACUCAAAUGAACCAGUCAGCGGGUAUGGCCAAAUGGGUGGCACCUACGGCAACUCGAUGCCUUAUAGAAACUACAUGUCGAACGAUCAUGUGUGAAACUCACGUGCUGAUGCUACUCCUUUGCCAGUCUUGCUUGAAAUACUGGGGUUCUCGCUCUCUCGAGGUUCAUUCUACCGAACGACCCAUUAAUGCCCGCAUCUGUUCUGGGUGCUGCACAUAGGUACCUGGAUUAUCAUGUUAGCAAAACAAUUUUGCUAUAAUACUACGUAGUUUUCAACAUCCA